GUAAAAGCGAUACAACAUAGCAAUGGCUCCUAAAACCAGUGGAAAGGCAGCGAAGAAGUCUGGAAAGGCCCAGAAAAGUAUUACCAAGACCGACAAGAAAAAGAAGAAGGUCCGCAGGAAGGAAAGCUACGCUAUCUACAUUUACAAAGUGUUGAAACAAGUCCAUCCUGACACGGGUAUUUCAUCCAAAGCCAUGAGUAUCAUGAACAGCUUCGUGAAUGAUAUUUUCGAACGCAUCGCCGCUGAAUCAUCUCGCUUGGCGCAUUACAACAAACGUUCAACGAUAACUUCUCGUGAAAUUCAAACCGCAGUUCGUUUACUGCUGCCAGGAGAAUUGGCCAAACACGCUGUCUCCGAAGGAACCAAAGCCGUCACGAAGUAUACCAGCUCCAAGUAACUCCCGAGUCAUGUAGCAAAAAAAAAAACAACGGCCCUUUUCAGGGCCACAAAUUUGUUUGAUAAGUGUGUAGGAAAAGGUUUUCUAAUUGUUGAUUUGUAGAUUUUCGUUGUCAUAAUGAGUCGCCUCUCGUGUGAUUAAUUCGAGGGAUUCAGAAAAGUCAUAUCACAAAAGGUAUCCGAAAUGAGUAGAUACAACAAUUUCAUGUAGUUCGUUUGACGUUACGUUUGGGAAUGAAGUGAUGAUAUUGUGCAGAAUGUAUGAUGAUGCAUAUAGUGAAUUCAAUGAUUGACAUCCUCAUAUUCAGUUGCAGAUGCUAAUUGAAGACUCGGCAUCAUUAUCUGUUCUCAAUGCAAUUGCACCAAAAUUAGAAGAGUUAGCAGUUUAGUGUCGAGAAACUAAUCGUAGAGAGGUUUAACAGGAUUGAUUUUGGUGUUUAUACAAUAAAGCUAUAUACAUAAAAAAAUCAUGAAACUGGGAAACCUCGAGCUUUGUACUUUUAAAAUGUUAUUCAAUUUUUAUAUAUGGAUAAUCUGAGGGUACUUAGAACUAAGUCAGGAACACCGUAAAAAAGGUGUCGUAAAAUAUGAU